UGAGUGUGCGUCUGCGACAAUACCGGUACUGUAGAUGGAACAGAAGCGCAAACUCAGCCUUCAGCCUUCAAGCGCAGCAUCAGCAAUAUCAGCAUCACAGGAACUUGCUGAAGUUGACAAGGAAACCGACAACCAAGAAGCAAGUUACCAUAGCUCUCGAGAUGAGGAAACGGCGAGUUCAGUUUGAUCAUCAAGGCAGUGAGAUCCAUGAGGUCCCUUCCAUCGCAAAAGAGGAGAAAAAGAACUAUUGGUACACUCCACAGCAACUCAAGGGUAUCCUGGUGUCGGCCAUUACAUCGACGGGCGAAGCCGUCAAAGAAGCUCGCAGCAAGGGUGGGGAAAUGCCCGAUCUUCGGGGGUUGGAAUCCCUUUCGAAAACCUCUCAAGAACGCAAGGAAGAAAUCUCCCUGGAUCGCCUCCGCGUGAUUCAAGCCUACACCAAACAAAAACGACAAACGGGUUCUGUGGACGAAGAAUCAAUUCGUUCUCUGUACCAUUCAUUCACGGAAGAAGAUACCAAGAGAGCUCUGGCGUAUGGCAAGAUUGAUGCCAAAGAAUCUUAUAGCUACACUACCGCCAAUGGCAAGACCACUGCAACUACCAAGCAAACAUCCAACAAUAAAGGAAAGGGAAUGUUGGACUUUCUUUUUGGGAAAAAGAGCAAAGGCAACAAAACACACAAAUAGAAACAAUGACAUUGCCAUGUUCCAGCAGCCGAUGUUGGUAUCCACCAAAGGAUGACGCCGCAUCCUCCAAUCCUGAACCAACGAUUAUCCGCCCCGCCGUGGAAUAGGUUCAUUGGUUCUCGAACGAAGAGCUGAGUGACCCACAUUUUGCACACUCCUGCAGUUCUAGAUACAUCAAUCAGCUUGACUUGAGGAGGCAGUUCGUGAGGUAUCUAUAUUGUCCUGUGGAAAGAAGACUUGCUUUUAGAAUCCAGGCACUUCUUGGGUUCAAGCUUGGGCAAAAUACGGUGCCAUGGUACGGUACAGUAUUGGUGCGCAUUUCGCACCUAUGCGGAUGCCGAUUGGUUUCGAAUCUAUCUUUUCAUCGAUUGGUUCCUUCUGUUAUUUUGCAAUGACGUGAUCCUUCCCUCUCGUUGGUGUCCGUUUGCAAAUGACAGAUCCAAAAAUCUGCUACCAAUUGGAAGAAAUGAUGUAGCCAAAGGGAGCUGAUGACUCCUUGCUAGCUAGUCAGAACUCCUUUGACACAUGGCAUCCCAUUGCCCUUUUUCUGAGCGUCUUCAUUGGUCCUUUCCCUUGCUUAUCACCAUCUCCAGGCAACCGGUCUGGAGAGCAUGAAGGUCUAAGAGUAAAUGGAAAUCUGUCUGUAUGAUUUUGCUUCAUAAAUCGCUUAGUCAUAGAGCGUUAAGUCUCUUACUCGUAGCUGUAAAUCGUUAAGUCUCUUAGAUUCCGAAUGGUGAAUCAAAUCAAGGAUCGGGAGGCCUCCACAACCGCACAAUGCACCCGAAAGAUCC